AUCUUAAAUAUACAAAAGUACCAAAAAGUUAUGCUAUUCCUAAUAACUAUAGCGUUAUUACAACGUGGGGAAAACCAACAACUUUAUAUACUAUUAAAGAUCAUAUUGAAUAUAUAGAUAAUAGUCCAGUUUAUUACAUAAAUUAUGGACCAGAUUUUGAGUUUGAAGUAGUAUCAAAUCGUUCUUCUA